GAUUUAGCUCUCGAUGAAGAGAUACAGGAAGAAACAGAGCAGAUAAAUAUCACGUUGACCGAAAGACAAUAUUGAAAAAUGUCAAUAUUCACACCAACUAACCAAAUCAGAUUAACAAAUGUCGCCGUCGUGAGGAUGAAGAAAGGAGGGAAAAGAUUUGAAAUAGCGUGUUAUAAAAACAAAGUGAUGAGUUGGAGAUCCGGGGCUGAGAAAGAUCUUGACGAAGUCCUGCAGACGAACACCGUGUUUGUAAAUGUGUCUAAGGGGCAAGUGGCAAAGAAAGAGGACCUGAAAGCUUUUGGCACAGAAGACCUGACAGAAAUAUGCAAACAGAUUUUAGCUAAAGGAGAACUACAGGUAUCAGACAAGGAGCGUCAGAGUCAGUUGGAACAGAUGUUUCGGGAUAUCGCAACUAUUGUGGCUGAAAAAUGUGUCAAUCCUGAGACUAAACGGCCCUACACAGUGAACCUCAUAGAGAGAGCCAUGAAGGAUAUUCACUACUCCGUUAAAGCACACAAAAGCACUAAACAGCAGGCACUUGAGGUCAUCAAACAGCUGAAAGAAUCCAUUCAGAUCCAGAGAGCUCAUAUGCGUGUACGCUUCGUCUUGCCAGCCAAGGAUGGGAAAAGACUGAAAGAGAAGCUCAAACCCCUGAUAAAGGUGGUGGAGAGUGAAGACUUUGAUGAUGAGCUUGAGAUGGUGUGUCUGAUUGAUCCGGGCUGCUUCCGUGAGAUUGAUGAGCUCAUCCGCUGUGAGACUAAAGGAAAGGGAGCACUGGAGGUGCUCAGUCUCAAAGAUGUGGAAGAAGGAGACGAGAGACUAGAGUAACCUCCUCAUCCUCUUCUGUAACUAACACAUAUUAAACUGUUGCUGAUUCAUUUAACACGAAGAGCCUUUUAUUUUUUAAGUUAUAUAUUAUUAUGGCCUGUCAACAUGUGCAAAAAACUAUUGGAGAACCACAGAUUAUUAUUAAUAACCGCAAUUGCAUUAGUAUUUCCACAGCUGUUACAGGCUUUAGGGGGAAAAAUCCUGACAGAUUACAUCAAAUACAAAGUUCUCGAGGUUUUUAUUUUUUGUGAAAAUGGAAGUGAUGUGGAUAUAUAAUAAAAGUGAUAAUACAAAUGUAGUUCUGUAAAAACACAUGAUUUGUUUGUUUAAUCACUGCCUUUAAAAAAUAUAUGGACAGACAAAACUUUAAAAGUUAUCUUAAAUAAU